UUGAAAUCCCCCAAAUUUUCUGUCGCAUCAUGGCGAGGUUUUUGGCGAGAUGGGGAAGAGCUGCCUCCCAACUAGCCACUGACUUACGAGUAGGUGGAGCUUCUCCGGUUGCUCGCCGCUUCCAUCGGAACUGCUCCACGGCUAUCACCGCCACCGGUGGCCCCGGUGGCGCCGCUCCGGCUGCCGCAAUUGCAACCUCUUCUUCACCCCCAAACCGCCUUUUCAACGAGCAAGAGGUUAGACUUAAUUCUCUGUUCUGGUCUAGGCCAUGCUCAUUGUCUUUACCUCCCAACUCUCCAUUGAGAGUAGCAGAGCCUUCAUUUGAAGGCAUCAAGCAUAUAAUACUGAAGUUGAUGUUGUUCUAUAGCAAACGGAGUGAAUCCAUCAGAAGAGCAAAAAUAGUUUAUCGACGAAUCACUUCUCAAGUCGACAAGUCUGCUAUUUAUGAUGUCUUUCACUUGGAGAAAACAUUUAAAACUACAUUUUCCUUGCUUGUGCUUCACAUGUGGCUCAUCUUACACCGCUUGAAGGAAGAGGGGAAGGAUGGAACAGAAUUUGGGCAAUUCUUGUAUGAGAUUUACAAUCAUGAUCUGGAGUUAAGAGUUUUCAAGGCUGGGGUCAACUUGUUACUGACAAAAUGGAUGAAGAACCUGGAGAAGAUAUUUUAUGGAAAUUUAAUUGCAUAUGAUGCUGCAAUGGUUCCAGAUGCUAAACUAGAUGAUCUUGCUACUUCCAUAUGGAGAAAUGUUUUCUCUGGAGAUGGUUCUAGGACAUCGAAUGAUGCGGCUGCGGCACCUGUCCAGGCCAUGGCCAGAUACGCCCGCAGGGAAUCAACUUGUCUACUGUUGACAGACAAGGAAGCUAUAUUCACAGGCAAUUUCAUGUUUACCUCGUUGGAGAACCAUCAGCACAAGCCAGUCAAGAUGACAAAUCAAUCAUGACAGUUCAACAAAAAGCCAAAAACUGAGAUAACUGUGAUCUCCCAUUGAAGGAGUCCAUGUUGCAGAUAAUCGAAACAAAGGACUUGUGGUUAAACUAGCAGUCGCUGUAUUGUUUUGUUGCUCCAAAGUCCAAACAGGAAUGGUCAGUAUCAUGUAGGGCUUCAUAUGAUCAAUUUCAAGCUGAAAUAAGAGCCAAAUCUUUUCAACAUCAUGUACUUUUGCUGGCUACUGCUGUCAGUCUUGUUUCCUACAAAUGUGUGGUAUGGAUUUAAGAAACUGACGAGGUUUGUAUAUAAAGAGACAAUUCCAAAAGCUACUGCUUUCUUAUUGAUUGAA